AGAUCAGCAGCAGCAUGCUUCAACAGAGUACCCAACUCCUGCUCGAGGACUAGACCGCCUGCUGACCUGUGCUCUAAGUCGAGGCUGAUUUUCAGAACUUUUUUGAAGGCCACUUUUCAACAGAUCGGACUCUCCAGAGUCUCCAGACAAGGAAUCAUCUUUCCAGCCGUGGAUGAGUGCAGGAAGCGUGGAUGGUUCUGUUUGAAAAGGAGUCAGGACAGCCGACUGCCACAGCGAUGCCUUCAAACAAAUACUCUGCUGCUAUCAUGGAGGAGAGCAACAAGAUGACGGCCACAGCGGCGGUAAACGGAGACACGGCUCCAGCUGAGGGCCUAUCAGAGAACGACAGUGGCGUGGAGCUGAUCAAUGAGAACAGCCCUCUGACCGCGGCUGAACCGCCCUCCCCCUUCAGCCCCAAGCAGAACGGAGAUGCCGCCUCACCUCAAGAUGGUAACCAGUGUUCAGGGGGGAGCAGGAAGAGGAGCAGGAAGAGGUCAGAGGAGGAGGAAGCUACCUGGGACUCCUACAGCGAGGACAAGACUUCAGGAGCGUCUCAGCUGAGUUUGAGACAGACACCUCGACCCAGAACCAUCUUCCAGGCCGGUCUGACGCCACACACACACAACAAACCUCGCAGACAGAGCCGCAAACAGGAGCACAGCAUCUUACUGUGUGGUGGUGCUCCUCGGGUGGCUGUGGCUGUGGCUGUGGCUGUGUCCGGCGGGGUCCCCGAGGCCCCCCGUCUGGAGCUGAUGGAACAAGACUCCAAGGACUCGGCCCAGAGCAUCAGCACGUCCUCUAGCUCCGAGAUCCAGCCCGAGUACAAUGACAACAAAGGUUUUGGCAUCGGCGAGCUGGUGUGGGGGAAAAUCAAGGGCUUCUCCUGGUGGCCCGGCAUCGUGGUGACAUGGCGCGCCACCGGCAAACGACAGGCCAGCCACGGCAUGAGGUGGCUGCAGUGGUUCGGAGACGGCAAGUUCUCUGAGGUUUCUGCAGACAAACUGGACUCCAUCACCGCCUUCCCUAAGUUCUUCAGCCAGGCUUCGUACACCAAGCUGGCGUCGUACCGCAGGGCCAUCUUCCAAGCACUGGAGAUGGCCAGCAUCCGGGCGGAGAAGAAGUUUCCUCCCUGUGAGUCCGACAAUCUAGACGACCAGGUCAAGCCCAUGCUGGACUGGGCCAAUGGCGGCUUCCUGCCCAAAGGAGAGGAGGGACUCAAACCUACGCACACCGCUGACAGUAACCCUCUGGACCACCAGGUCCUGGAUGUGUCCCUGCCAGAGUAUUUCCCCAGCGCCAAGCGGCCCAAAGUCAGCCUCUGCAAGAGCAAGGCCGCCCCCGAGGAGUCCUACAGCAGAGAACAAAUGGUGAAUGAAGUUCUGAAGAAUAAAAGAAGUAUAGAAGAGUUCUGUCUCUCUUGUGGAAAGAUGAGAGCAGCAACCUUCCACCCGCUGUUUGAAGGAGGCCUGUGCCAAACAUGCAAGGACGUGUACCUGGAGAUGUCCUACAUGUACGACGAUGACGGUUACCAGUCCUACUGCACCGUCUGCUGCGGAGGUCGAGAGGUUCUGCUCUGCGGCAACGCCAACUGCUGCAGGUGUUUCUGCGUGGACUGUCUGGACAUCCUGGUCGAUCCCGGGGCGUCUAACAACGCUCGCCAUCUGGACCCGUGGCGAUGCUACAUGUGCCAGCCGCUGCUGCAGUACGGCGUCCUGAAGCAGCGGCAUGACUGGAGCCUUAAGCUGCAGGAGUUCUUUGCCAACGACAACGGACAGGAGUUUGAGACACCAAAGAUUUACCCAGCAGUCCCUGCAGAGCAGAGACGACCAAUCAGAGUCCUCUCCCUGUUUGACGGCAUUGCUACUGGCUACCUGGUUCUGAGGGACCUGGGUUUUAAGGUGGACCAGUACGUGGCGUCAGAGGUGUGUGAGGACUCCAUCUCAGUGGGGGUUGUCAGACAUGAAGGAAAGAUCCAGUAUGUCCAUGAUGUCAGGAACAUUACUAAGAAAAACCUUCUGGAUUGGGGUCCAUUUGACCUGGUGAUAGGAGGAAGUCCCUGUAACGACCUGUCAAUCGUCAACCCUGCCAGAAAAGGGCUCUAUGAAGGCACAGGGAGGCUGUUCUUUGAGUUUUACCGUCUGCUGAGCGAGGCCAAGCCCAAAGAAGGAGAGGACCGGCCGUUUUUCUGGAUGUUCGAGAAUGUGGUCGCCAUGGGCGUCAAUGACAAGAGGGACAUCUCACGAUUCCUGGAGUGUAACCCUGUGAUGAUCGAUGCUAUCGAGGUCUCUGCUGCUCACCGAGCCCGGUACUUCUGGGGAAAUCUGCCUGGCAUGAACAGGCCUCUGUGUGCCUCUGGGAUGGACAAGCUGGAGCUGCAGGACUGUCUGGAUCACGGCAGAGUUGCAAAGUUCGGGAAGGUGCGCACCAUCACUACUCGCUCCAACUCCAUCAAACAAGGAAAGGAUCAACACUUCCCUGUCCUGAUGAAUGGAAAGGAGGACAUACUGUGGUGCACUGAGCUAGAGAGGAUCUUUGGCUUCCCUGUCCACUACACAGACGUGUCCAACAUGGGACGCGGUGCCAGACAGAAGCUCCUGGGCCGGUCCUGGAGCGUCCCCGUCAUAAGGCAUCUGUUUGCACCGUUGAAAGACUACUUCGCCUGUGAAUAGAUGCCACCCGCCACCAGCAAACAGACGCCACUCAUGAUUACACACCAGCUUUCCUAUCGUGAUAUUGGCUCCAACGUACAUCAUCUGCCAGCCAAAUCAUUUCACAAAGAGCUGGAAGUUUUCUCCACUCUGGCAGGCAAAGAACCAGUUCACUACAGUGUAGCUGGAAAAUAGUGUAUGUAGCUGUUAGUUUAGUCCAGCUCUUUCUGGAUCCUGGUGAGAACACACCGCAGCCUUAAACACACGUAAUACACACUAACACAGAGAUACAGCAAUACAGCAUAGGCUGUGUUUUAUCACUAACACAGGGAGGGUCAAAGGUCAGUGUCCCUGAGGCCAGUGGAGUGAUGGGCCCCGUCUGGAUGUUUAGCAGAGUUAAAAGGGAAAGAUGACGACAUCUGGCUCUUCGACUUUGUUCAUUAACAUCACACCUGUACAGGGAUUUUAACAGGAUUUUCCUUUUGUUUUAAAAUGCCCUUGGAAGGCAUGGUUUGUGAGUUGACAACACUUAGUAGUUGUAGAAAGAUGGAGAACAACAUGGCACAGACGCUACAGCUGUUAAGUGGCUCCAUUUCAUUUUUGAAUUUAAUUUUUGUAGGAAGAGUAAAACAUUUCACAGGACACUCAUUAAGCCGAUGAUUAAAAUGUGUGACAACAGGCUGCUGAUACAGGCUGUUCAUCCAAACACUUGAACCAAAGUCAUUAGAUGGACAGUUUUUGGGCUACAGCUGUUCCACUCUCCUCAGGCCACAAUGUAUUUUCUGUCGAGAAAAGCCAAAACAUGACAUUGGGGGUUUCUGUCAAAUUUCAAAGAUAAUAAAAAUGCACAACUGGACUGGAUAAUAAAAGAUUAACCAGGAUAAAUCAAUGAUUAUUUUGUCAGAAAUGAACAACAUAUACCAUGAGUCUAAGCCAAACUGGAUUCUGGAAAGCCUUGCGCGAGCUGUAAUUAUUCAACGCUAACAAAAAUAUUCUUUAAUCUUUGUUAAAAUGACAAGUUGCUUAAAGAGAUAUUGUGCUGAUUUACUCCAGCUCUGUCAUGGCGGUGUCGGCUGUGUGUUUGGAUGAAGUGUGUUUGUCUUCCCUCCGUGGCGCCGGUGCACGGUUGGGGCUCCCUGCGGAGGUGUGUCGCGUCAUCCGGCCGAUCUUGGCAUGGUCAUCUAAACACACUGCCCACACAAAGAUGACACAGAGCUGGACCCAAAUCGGCAAAAUAUCUACUUACAUUUUCCCAGAUAGUAGAGUAGUAGGAAACUAUUUAGAUAUAUAGAUUUGAAUAUGGAAAGAUAAUCAUACUAUCAUGUUUGAGUUUUUCAAAAGACCAAUGACAGACGCGCUCUGUAGGAAAAUACAUUCAGUGGUGGGAGCGAGUGCACCACACGCUCACCUGGAGGUGAAGCGGGAUUGAGAUGAGAUCAUAUUCAUAGAUUUUUGUUUGUUAUAAAAAAAAACAAAAAACACUCAUUUUACUUUUUGUCUUUUGCUUUGACAUUAGCUCAUUUGAGCAAAAUAGCUUCCUUAAAAAAGAAAAAAGAACUUGUAUUAAAGAUGAGGUAGUGUGAAAUGAGGUAGUGUGAAACCUUUGAGUUCUAAUGUCACUGUGACAUCUCCCUGAUAGUACUAAGUAUAUGUGGUAUUGAUAAGUACUUGAAACAAGCCAAUGCAAAAACAGAGCUGUAGAGAAAGUUUUGUUUUUGUCUUUUGCAAACCGUUCCAGACAGCUAAGAAUUAAAGACUGAGGGCAUUUAGCCUACUGUAGGAGUUUAGAUUGGAUCUUAAAAAUGACAUUGUUUGAGUUGAUUGAACUGGCUGCAUGUGUAGCUAAUCCUGGUUAGAAAGUCCAUUUGAAUCCAGGAUAGAGUGAGUGUCACUGUUCCUAAGAAAUGGUGGGAAACACUGGUGAACACGCAAUGUUUGUUGUAAACUACCACUGACUACUUUUGGUUUACAGGACAAGAGGACAUCCAUCCAAAAUGUUCUCUAGAAUGCUGGUUGACACUGUGCUUUGGCACACAGUAUGCAUACAUAAUGAUGAGAAAAUAAUACUGAAUGUGUAGUAUGUUGCGCACGUUUGUUGCGAGAAGAAGUGUUUCUCUGUGAGACAGUUAUUGCAAUCAUGUAGAUUCAUAAAACUCCUCAAAAAUGAUACAUGUUGUAUUUACAUGUCAUACUGUAUGCUUAAGAUUGAGCUCACCAGACGGGUGGACACUUUAUUUUGGUACCAAUUCUGCUGAUGUGUCUAUACUCACAAAUUACUUUUAAAUGUUUUUUUUUUAUAACUGGAAGAUGCUGUUGGCUGUCACCAAAUCAUACUAAGUGGGCAUUACCUCAGACAAAGAGGCGACUGUACAUCACUCCUCCAUUAGGAUCUUUGUUGUGUGAAUAUAUAUAUAUAUAUAUAUAUAUAUAUAUAUAUAUAUAUAUAUAUAUAUAUAUAUAUUGUAGCUUUAUGCUCCCAUAGCUUGUAUUUUAUCACUGGAACUUUGUUUUUUUACAUGUUUUGCGUAAUGGAUGGAUAUACAGGUUUACAAGUGUUUUAACUCUCUUCUUUGAACAGAACUACAUAUUUUAUUGUAACACAAAAUGCACAAGCCUUGAUGUUGAAAUCAUUCCUUCAUGGUGCUUCCUCAAAAGGCCUCUUAAAGUGCCACCUUUUGGUUUUCUAGUCUGAUUUUAAAAUCCUUUCAAAAACAAUAAAAAACGGAUUGUUUACAUGCUAUAUUAAUACUGCUGAGCUUGUUAAAUGUUUUGCUUGAAAACUUUUUUUCUCCGUUCUGCUCUUUUAAGACUUUUUAUAUUUUAUAUUUACUUUAAAUGUAUAAUGUCAUAGCACAAUAUAGAGCAAAUGAAUCGAUAGCUUUUUGAUAUCUUGUGUGUCGAUUUAAACCAUUGAGUGGAUUUGUAGGCUUGAGUGUGAAUGACAUCUGAAAACAUUUUUUGUUCUAACCUUUCAGUGCUUUAUCUUUUAUAAGAAUCCCAUUUGAGGAUUUUUGUCUUUGCCUUUUUAUGACUCUAGAGCAUUUCAAAAGAACAGAUUCUGUGCUAUUUUUUUUUUACUUCAUUUGAAUAGUGGAAAAGCGCUGAUGUAUUUUUUUAUGUUUGUUUACUUCCUAUAGCAACCUAUAUAAAAGUUUUACUCAAUAAAAUGCAGCUUGGCUGCUAAAAACCA